AGUACUCGCUGAGGCCCCGCCUCGCCCGCCAAUAGCGCUGCCGGGGGAAGCGGCGCUUCCUUUCUGCGCUCGCGCUCAUCGUGGUACAUUCAGACGCUCGCUCAACAUGCAGAACGACGCCGGUGAGUUCGUGGACUUGUAUGUGCCGCGGAAAUGCUCCGCCAGCAACCGUAUCAUCGGCGCCAAGGACCACGCGUCCAUCCAGAUGAACGUGGCCGAGGUUGACAAGGUGACAGGCAGGUUCAACGGCCAGUUUAAAACCUACGCUAUCUGCGGGGCCAUUCGCAGGAUGGGCGAGUCAGAUGACUCCAUUCUCCGGCUGGCCAAGGCUGAUGGCAUCGUCUCAAAGAACUUCUGACUGAAGAGGAUCCUGGAUAUGGAAUAUUUGUUAUAAAUAAAUAGUGAAAAUUUA